GCGGCAUGCGCAUAACCGCACAUGAGGAUACAAAGUUUAAUGGAGUGGUGGCGGAGUUCUGUUGAUGGCGCUCGUGUAUCAUCUACCGGCUACCAAGGCUGAGACCAAUGUACUAUGAUCUAAAGUAAAGAUAAAGGUACACUUGGCGACCCAUGUGAUUUCUAAGCUCGAGCUUUUCCAAGUAGCGAGAGUCAUUGACGCCUUGACAAAAUGACCACAUCGUCGGAAGAUGUUUUAAUGCAAGUGGGACAAGUUCGUUACAAAAAAGGGGAUGGAACGUUAUAUAUUAUGAACGAGAGAAUAGCAUGGAUGCUUGAUAAUAAAGAUACCGUUUCAGUAAGUCACAAAUAUGCGGAUAUAAAAUUGCAGAAAAUCUCGCCCGAAGGGAAGUCUAAAAUCCAGUUGCAAGUUGUACUUCACGAUGGUCAGUCGUCGACGUUCCACUUUGUAAAUAGAAAUGGGCAAGAAGCACAAAUUCAAGAUAGAGACGAGGUUAAAGAACUGCUGCAGCAGCUAUUGCCAAAAUUCAAGAGAAAAGUUAAUAAGGAGCUGGAGGAGAAAAAUAGGAUGCUGCAAGAGAAUCCGACUCUACUUCAGCUUUAUCGGGAUUUGGUAAUAACACAAGUGAUAACGUCGGAAGAAUUUUGGGCCCAGCAUGCAGCGCAGUAUACGCAGGCCAAAUUGGCCCCGCGUCAAGAAAUUGGUGUAAAUAGUGCCUUUCUAGCUGAUAUCAAACCACAAACUGACGGCUGCAAUGGACUCAAGUAUAAUUUAACGGUGGAUAUAAUAGAAUGUAUAUUCAAAACAUAUCCAGCUGUGAAAAAGAAACAUCAAGAAUACGUGCCUCACAAGAUGUCUGAAUCUGAUUUUUGGACCAAAUUCUUUCAAUCACACUAUUUUCAUCGAGAUCGUAUCAAUGUAGGGACCAAGGAUCUAUUUACCGAAUGUGCCAAGAUCGAUGAUCAGGAGUUGAAAAAGGACAUUCAAGCGGGAAUCGACGAUCCCAUGGUGGACAUAACUGGUUUCGAUAAUGUGUACUUGGAUGAGAUGUACGAUAGUGGAACUGGCAAAUCUGACAAAUCGUCCGGCAACAUUGUUCAUCAAAGUAUGAUCAAAAGAUUCAAUCAACAUAGCAUAAUGGUUAUGAAAGCCAAUGCUACCCAUUUGGCAGCACUGCAAACUCAGCCACAAUCUAAUGGCUCGGCAAUACCAAAUAAAAAUUCUACCAUUAGUCGAUCCGUAAUUGAUUCUCCAAAGUCCAAAAAGCAACGUAUACAAGAUAAGUUAGUAUACGAAGACCUUGAUACUAAGUACGAUAUGCAUUCGAAUACUGGGCCACCAUUAGUAUUAACGCAAGUAGAUAGGUAUUUACACGGGCCGGUCCCAAAUAUAGAAAAUAAUCAUGAUUCAACGGUAGAACACGUCAAGACCAUUGCAAGUCAAUUAAUGAAGGAAACGAAUAAAUGGUCCCAUACGGCUUACUUAUCUCGACAACCAUCCACCGCUUUAGUGAGUCCUGCUGCAUCUGUAUCAGCACUCGGAGAACUGACUCCCGGUGGUUCGCUAAUGAAAGGAUUUCGCGAAGAUAGUCUUGGUCAAUUAAUACCCAAGGAGUUGGAAAAAGAACUUGCCAGUGUUUACGUUUGUACGUGUGAAUUGUUGAAACAUUUUUGGAGAAGCUUUCCACCAACAACACCUCAGCUCGAAGAGAAAGUUACGAGAAUGCACUCGGCACUACGUAAUUUUCAUUCGGUUAAACUGAAGCCGUUUGAGGACCGUCUGCAAAGAGAAUUUUCAGCUAUUAGUCAACAUCUCACGAGUCAUCUAAAUCAAUUAUUAAACGCUGCGUAUAGAAAAUUUUCUCUUUGGCAACAACGAAGAGCUGGACAAUUGAGGUAGCCUGUAGCCUUAAAGAUCAAUCAUAAUAAAUCAAGAUUUCUUAUGUAUAGAUGAAAAUUCUCAUACAAAAUACAAUUGAAGAAAUAUUUGCCACUUAACAAUUACAUGUUCCCAAACAUAGACUAUUAUGAAUGAAAUUUCUUAUUAUAAAUAAUGAUUUUCGAGUCAUUUGUCGGUUAUAUUAUAA